UAAAUAGACUUGCUGUCUACAUUCUGAACACUAUAAUGGAACAAGGUUGAAAUUUUUAUAACACUCUUUCAUAUAAAAAUGCAAUACCUGAGACUUACGAGCGUAAACGACGUUGCUCGAUCUAAUAGCCCGAAUUGGGGACCCUACAACUCUUAGCCAGCCUGAUACAGGGACGGCAGGCCAGAUUAUGAUUGGAACAAAAGAAACAUAGGAGCCGUAUAAAAGAUAAAUUUACGUGGAUUAUAAAUAAAUACAUACCUUUACUUAUUAAGUAGUGGCGUUCACAAGCCUAAAUGUACAUUUGUUGAAAAAAAUUGUUGUUCUUUUUAUAUGAAGCAACUUUCUGACAAGAAUACUUUCAACUCGAACAAUGAAUUGGACGAUUAUCUGAUGGCUGCGAAAAUCAGAAAAUUCGGACAAAAGAUUCUGCUCUUCAGCGACAUGAUACAAGAAUAUAAUUUUCUCUACGGCGGUAGAUUAAUGAACGUGUUAGCAGGAGUACUUAUUAUCAUCUUGGCAUUCUACAAACAGCUAAAUCUAGGGCAAGCAAUGUGGGUCGCAUCAUUUAUUAACUAUGGUCUUGCGAUUAUAGUCUCUUCAGACUCAUUAAUGGUUGAGUGUGAAAAACUUCUGUACUCAGCUCACCACUACCAAUCACAAACCUUAAAAAUGAGUCUUCUAAGUGUGGAACUGAAAAGAUUCAUUGCAAAGUUGAAACAUUUUAAACCUAUUAUAUCGGCAGCUGAUUUUUUUGAAAUUAGAAGACCUAGCAUUUUGAGUAUGAUAAGCGGUAUCACCACUAAUUCUAUUAUUAUGAUUCAACUGGGAGAUGCCAAAUUUGAGAAAAACCUUGAAGUCAGACAACGACUAUAAUGAAUGAAUGAAUGCAUUAUCAAGGCAUUUAGGCAUUUCAAACCACGUGACUUUCUGACACUUAAAAUGGUUGCCGGAUAAAGAUGACACACAACCUGGUUUUUACAUGUUACUAAGAAUAUAACUAUUAGUAAAAUCACAACAGGUUUUGAUCAAAAUUUACCUUUAAAGCACAAAAGUACCGUUAUUUGAACUAGUUAUGUACAAAAACAAUAUCAUUAGGAAACAAACGUUUGUAUCAUCAAGCAACCAUUUGAACAGGACUUCGGAAUGCCUAAUUAUUUUAUACAAAUACUUUUGUGGCAAACAGAUGCUCUAUCUUAUAUUAUUGAAUGAUUUAAUUUUGGAUUUUUUAUUUUAUUAUUUUGACUUUGUAUUUUGUAAUAUCUUCUUUCUUAUUCUCAUCACAUUUUCGUCCUAAACGCUUGUUCCGUCGAAUAUUUGGUAUCUAAUUGUUUUAAACAUUGCCUACACUUUUGUUAAAACUAUUUGUUUAUAAAUUAUUAAAUAGAAAACGAUGUAUUAAUUUAAAAAGAGAUAAACUUUAAGCAAUAAAAUAAAUAUCUGUUGCUAAAUGGUUGGUUGUUUUAUUUGCUCUAUAAUCACUCCAAGUUUAUUGGUAUAUUAUUAGGUAUGUCAGUGUAUUGAAAUUUGUUUGAAUUUUAC